AUGAGUAGAAAUAAAAGUAAUGGACGUGGUAGACCAUAAAAAGAGAAUUAGGAUAACUAAGAAGAUAUAUUAUUAGAUGAUAAUUAUAUUGCAACAAAUGAAUUGGCAUUGAAAUUGUUAGAAAUAAUCUCUUCGUUUGCUUCUUAUAAGUUAUUAACAAUAACAGGACCAAAUGGUUAGAAAAACAAUGAAGAAACUAAAUUAAGGAGAAAGAAUGUUGAAAAAGUGCAAAUAAAAAUUAGAGAAAAACUUAAAAUUUAAGAGGAUUAUACAUUUUUCUUAAGAGACUUAGAUAAUUGUACUAUAAGUUAUGAAUUAAACAAUAAUGAAUUAAUAGAUAGAAAUAGAUAUUAACUUAAUAUGGAAGAAUUUUAAAAUUUGAAAAUCAAUCCUUCUAUUCUACAUAGCAUAGAAUUAGUGAAUAAUUAAUUAAAUUAAGAAUUAUAAUAGUUUUUGAUUGAGUUUAUCAAGUAAUAUAGUUAUCAAUAGGAUUUAAUAGAAUAAUUUAAAGAAAGCUUUUUUGAUUAUAUUUUAAAUAACCCAGAUAAAUUUUAAGAGAUUAUUAAUUGGAGUUAAUUAUAUGAUGCAUCAUAUGAUGAAAAAACAGAAUUAUUAAAAUUAGAAGUUAAAUAUUUCAAAAAGAAAUUUAUGGCUAAUGAAUAGAUAUAAUCUAAAAAAUAUAAAGUAGAUGAAAAAAGAGAAAAUCAAUUAAAAUAAGAUUUAUCUUAAAUAUAAAAAUUAGAAAAUAAUAAAGGAGAUUAUAAAUCCUUAAAAUUAUUAAUAAAUGAUAUAACAGAAACAUUAAAAUAAUUUUGGGGUUAGAAUAAUAUUUGA